AUGAGGUGUGAGGGGAGAGGGGCACAGGGAGGUAGCUCCAAGGGUGGGGGGUCUUCUAUCGCUCACACCGGCCAACACAGAGAUGAGGAAAGCAGCACACCCUUGUUGUCAUUUCGCCUUUGCCCCCUUCCAUCUGUCCGCCCGGCUUCUGACACCUAUACCAGCCUGUCAGAGGAGGGGUCCCGUAUCAUCGGGGUCCGGGCUGUCGGGAGACUGGGGGAGGAGGGGAUUGCUCGGCUAAAUUGGAGCUCUCAGCCGGCAGAGGAAGCAGGGCGACUGGCACCUACCGAGGGUCACCGAGUCGGCCCCUACUACAACUACCACGCAGCGGACGGGGACAUGUUGGAUAGCAACAUUUCUCUUGGAGGCGUCAUGGAGACCAAGGCUCCAACAGCCACUGAGAAGAAGGAGUGUAAGCCCUCUGCGCUAGACGGAAGUAGCUUCUCCGAGCUCCCCAAGAAACCGUCCCCCACCACGAUUAACAGAGGUCGGCUGCUUUCUCUUUAA